AUUCUCAACUUCAACCUAAAAUCAGUAAACCCUAAAAGAUAUUCUCUCACCUCAAUUUUCCAUCAAUGGCAGCUUGCCGAAGCUGCAAAUCCAAGGCACUCGUCACCGAUUCCGUCACCGGCGGAACAGUAUGCUCAUCUUGCGGUAUUGUCCAAGAUUUCGACGACUACCAGCAUACUUUCGGCGGUGUUUCCGGCCCUCAAGGCACCUUUGUUCGUGUCGGAACUUCCGGUACCGGUACCGAUUACUCUUACAAGGAAAGAAAGCUCUAUGAAUCCAAUCAGAUGAUUGAGGACAUCACAUUUCGCCUCAGCUUCGGCGAUACCCGAACCCGGGAAGUCAAAUCCAUGAUUGAGAAGGUAACUGAUGGUGAAUUUGGAUUAGGUAAUUGGUUUUCUGUUCUUAUUGGUGCUUGUUGUUACAUUGUUAUGCGUCAGAAUAAUAAAGCAUUGCCAAUUUCCGAGGUUAUUGGGGCUGUGGGUUGUGAAUUGUAUGAAAUGGGGAAAAUGGUGAACAGGGUAGUUGAUUUUUUAGGGUUAGAAUUGAAGGAAUUUGAUUUGGUGGGUUUGUUGGAGAAGAUGAUUAAAGGGUUUUCUGGGUUUAGUGGGGUUGAGGAGGAGAAGAUUGAUUUGAUGGCGAAACAGGGGAUUUUUGUGAUACAAUGUGCUAUUAAGUGGUUUUUGAGUACGGGCCGGAGGCCGGGGCCUGUUGCUGUGGCGGUGUUGGUUUUUGUGGCAGCGGUGAAUGGGAUUGAGGUUCGGAUUGAGGAUGUGGCGAAGGAGAUGAAUGUGGCUAUUAGGACUUGUAAGUUAAGGUAUAAGGAGCUUUUGGAAGCAAUGGUGGAGGUUGCACAAAAGUUGCCUUGGGGGAGUGAUGUGAAUGUUAAGAAUAUUGUGAAGAAUGCACCUUUUGUAUUGAAGUAUAUGGAGAUGAAGUCGAUGGAGGAUCGAGGUAGAGAGAAAUCAAAGUUUUCGGAUGGGAAUUCGGGGUUUGAUUUGGGUGAUGUAGUUGAAGAGUGUUUGAGUAAGGAAGUUGAGUAUAAAGGGAUUGAUGGUGGUGAUAGUGCUGUUGAUAAUGGUUUGGGAUGUUUAAAUGGAACAGAAGGAUUGGAGAAUUUGAAGGUUUCACAUGGAGAAUUGGCUAAAGUUUACUCAAAGUUCAAGGCUGAGUUUUUGAAUCGUAAUUUAACGAAUAAGAAUGAUACAUUUGACUAUGGAGAUAGACUAAGUGGGUUAGAUGUUGAACUUUUUGAUGAGUGGUGGAGUGGGAGGUCAGAUAUGUGUGAAAAGCUUUUGCUGGAGCAGUUGUUGGAGAAAGAUGUUGGAUUGGAUGCUCUUCCACCGUCUUAUAUUCGUGGUUGUAAUGCAGUUAAAAAGAGGCGGGAAAAGAUAAGAGAAGCUAAGAGGCGCAUCAAUAGUAUUAUUAAUCCCCCGAUUGUUAAAUCCAGUAAUGCUAUCGUGCAUAAUGGGUUGGAUGCUCAAUCAUGUAGUACUGUUGAUAUAAGCACUGUAGAACAUGUUAAUAGUCGAAAGAAGAGGAAGAAAGAUCCUGAUACUAUUGAUUGGGAAGAUUUUAUCAUUGAGUCACUCCUCUUGCAUCAGGUGAAAGAGGAAGAAAUUGAGAAGGGCCAUUACAAUGCCUUGUUAGGAUUGUAUGUGUUUAAAUCUGGUCUCGUCUAAAACAAUUUGUUUAGAUUCAUUCAGGCACUUAAUUAUGAUCGGCUUAAGAAGGUGAAAUUUUCUUAUUACAGUUAAUACUAAUAGGCCAUUUUUGGGGUAAAUUGUAUAGCAACUAGUAUAGUAUAAGAUUUUGUAUGUGGUGUAGGGUAAGUUUUCUGACAAACUAAGCUUUCAUAUCCAAUAUAUAAACGAAGUAAGAUUGUCAAUAUUUUUCUGUACAAUACGUUCAUGUUUCUUGGUA